AUGAGAACGUCACUGAAAAAAAUGUUCAAGUACGUGUUCAUUUUUCUUCUUACUCUAACUACAGUAGUAGAGUGUCAAGUAUCUCCUUCUGUUAGCUCUCCAAAUGCUCCUACCAUACUCUGUGAACUGUGCAAUACUGGAUUGUCACUGGUUCAAACUCAACUCAACGUGUUGGAAUCAAUCACUCAAAACAAUCUAGGAUCCCUAAUCAAUAAAGUAUGUCAAGCUGCUCCAACAGACAUUCCAAUUGUUAAAGCUUUGUGUACAGUACUUCAGGAGAAUCUAGUCAACGCUCUUGUUACUUUGAUUCAAGGAUUCAAGGACCAAACAAGUCCAUGUCUUCUAUGUGGAUACAUGAAUGCCUGUGACAAAAAUGUUCAAUUUUGA